AUGGGCCCCUCUGUAAAAAAACGCAGUCAAAUAAAAUCCGAGGGUCCCUUGAUGAAUAAAAGCAGAGCUUUCAGAAGAGAAAAUGGAGUGCCAAUAAUGUAAUCAAAAUACCACUAAACUCGAAAAAAAUAACAAAGUUCGCAGAAGAUGUAAAUCCAAUUCAAAUUUUAUAUUGAUUAAGCUGACAUUAUGGAAAGUCUCCCUCUCUCUCUCUCUCUCUCUCUCUCUCUCUCUCUCUCUCUCUUUCUGUAUAUAUAUAUUAUAUAUAAACAUACAUAUAUCUGAACUAUAUGAUCGCUUCCUCACACUGUUUUAAUGAGAAGGUAGCUGCUUUUUUGGUCCAAUAAAUCUUCACAGGUGCACAAAUCUUGAUUGUGAUCUGCAUAUUUCGCUUGAAAUUGAACUCCAAAUUGCAGCCUAGUGCUUUUAUCAAUAUGAGUAUACCAUGAUCAUUGGAAAUGCAGAAGAGUUGACAUUAAAGCGUUAUUGGCAUCAUUUGCGGUAGACAUAGCAUCGCAACCUAAAGAGAUCAAAGUUUGCACAUAAAUGGCAAUAGUCUUGACGUUAAAGUGGAAGAAAACGAUUAACUGAUACGGGUUCUAAUAUCUUGAUAUAUUCAAAACAUGAACUUGUAAUGAACAGCGGCAAGGCAUUUUAAGGAUACUUAAUUAAAUCUACCUUAUGUUGGAUAAGCAUUUUGAAACCUGGUUUAUAAGAUCACUUACACGCUGUGAUUGACUGCGGCUUCGAAUGAGAGAGGCACGCCGAGCAUCCUCUUCUUGCUGCAGUGACCAUGGUAUACUAGCAUCAAUCUGCAUGAGAACAAGGGUUCCAGUCAGAGAUAUUUUGCGCCCCUGCAACUAAACAAUUCCUAGAAUGGACUGUGAGAAUAGUCCCAACAAACAUAUCAACGAACUACCAUCACAUGAGUUAACUCAAAGGAAGAGAACAAAGUUCCUGAGAGAAGGAAACCUAACCUCGUCUGGAUCCUCAAAACCGGACGAUUCGUUGAAAAACUGCUCUUGUAGUUGACGAGCUAGCAUUUCAUCAGAUACAACUUGCUGAGCCCUUGCAUCUGACUCAGAAUUUAUGCAGCUUUCAGUGUGGUCGGUGAUACUUCUUGAUACUGGGGAAGGCAGUUCAUCAACAUCUAUGAUUGUUUCUAGGGUAGCACCGUGGUUAUCUAAAUUUUGACCCCCUUCUGAGUUACCAUUUGAAAGGUUCCAUGAUGAUUGUCGAUGAGAUACUUUCUGUUCAGUAAAUCCUGAACUAGAACAUUCACCAAGAUAAGAAUGAUUAGAGCUGGGUUUCCUUUUUCCUCUCGAGGGUCUUCGUGUGGGAAAAUGGCUUUUGCGGUCAGAAUUAAGCUCAACCGUAGCUUCAGAUGGUCCUGGAAGCAGGCUCACAUCGGAUUCACGAGGAAAAGAAGAUGAAGCAGCUGCUUUCAAAGAAUCAACACCAUGACACGGGUGCCUUGCAUUCACAUAUCUUCUAUCUUCGGAUACGUGUUCCUGGUGCUGAUCUAAUGAGUGAAAAGAAUGAUUCCUCUUUUGUGGUGAAAUUGAGGCUUCUGGAGCUAUGAGUUGGGUAAGCUCCCUUGUAUGGUUGGGUGUGCUUCUCCAACUAAUAUUGUCACUAGGACAGCAGUCGGAGGUUGAUUUUGCAUUAACAGCUCUCUCCUUAGCAGGCAGUAACAGUUCCCUUAAAAAUGAUAGCAUGAGAUCAACAAAAUCUACACUCCAAGAUAGGCAUUAAAGAAAAUAUUAAAAACAUUUAUGAUUUUACAGAGCACCCCUUGUCUGUGAAAUGAGAGCACAAAAUAGCAAGACCAAUCUUGGAGACAAGCAUCACUGCCCACGAUUCACUAUCAUCAAUGGGUAUCAAUGUUACACGAUUUUCCCCAUCAGGAAUGUCUGCCACUCGGGAUGGGAAUCUGCAGCCAGCAUGGGAUCAGAUACGCGGAUCCUUCAGGCCUUUGAGAAUUUGAAUGGUGAAUGUUACCACAUACGCUAUCAGAUCAGCUGGAUAUUCGGUAUGGGUGAUUCCUGACCUUUAAAAAAAUAGGCUUCUCUCCAACGAUUUUAAAUGCUCCCUGUCCUUAUUCAAAGUUCUGCCCUGCUGAAACUAAACACUCUGCAUUCACCAUUACCUAUUCACAAUGAUGCUCAGCACUUAGGGAACCUUUUACACAGGGCUCCAAAGAGGACCAGGGAUUCUAGAAUACCAUUGACAAAAAAGGACAACUUUGACGUUUCAGGAAAAUCCAUUGAGAUCAGCAUGCUUCAGUAUACAUCCCUAACUAUUCAAGGACAUAAUUCUCGUUAUCUGUACUGACGGUCACAGAUAGUUCAGUGAUAAGAAUGACGUCUGAUUGUAAAAAAAUUCACCGUUCACUCAUAAUUCCUAUAAAAACUUUCCCUUCUUUUGUUCUAUUAGAGCUGAAGGCAAACAUAAGCCCAGGCAUACUCAAGACCAUUUCAUUAAAGUUCUCUUGGAUAAUAAUGAUGAAAAGCAUUCACCAUACCAAUCCGACAACUCAGGUUGCAGGCACAUAGCCAUUGGUUAGAGAUGAUUUUCAUUCAGCUUCAUUGAGAGGGGAGCGUGGGGUGGACAACAAACUCAAAGGCCAUUCAUCCUCCCAGACAGAUGUUCUACCAGUGUCCAGAAAGUCAUGGACAAGGCUUCUGGAAUGUAUGCAGGUGCUCUCAGCUCUCCAUAACUUCAAAAUCUGAGCUAAGGAUUUACUAGAUCAUAAAAGGACAGUACUUUGGACGAGAUUCAUGGUCCUGCUUUAACAACAUUUGAGGAUGAACUGAUAAGACAAUGAUUCAGUAAGUCAUUGUAGUAAAGGAUGUGACAGCGAAAAUUGGAGAUAAAUAUAGCUCCUACAUUUUUCUGUUCAAUUUAGUGGUAGAAGAGACCGAUUGACAAAGGUGAUCCCACACAACCUUAUCGGUUGGGUAACAAGGCCUUCACGGAACCAAAUAAAGUUGUUUCUGGUUUUAAUGGAAAGAAUGGUCAGCGAGUAAUGAAGUUUCUAAAAAAAUAUUUUUUAUAUACUUAAAUUUGAGAAAUAUUUUAAUUUCAACAAUCGAAAAAGGUUAAAAUCAAAGGCAUAUCGCCAAACAGUAUAAUGGAAUAGUUUUUACACGAAAAUAACAUUAAAAGGAAAAGUUUGACAUGGAUGAUUUUUUCAAGAGUAUAAUUGUUAAUUGUACUAAUUGUCAGACAAGACAUCACCAUGGAUACAUGGAUAUAGAAAAAAUUCCUACCUGCUUGGCACAAAGCUGGAUUUAG